UCUACUACUCUAAUCCUCCAUCAGUCACCAUUGUAUCUAGCUCAGCUACUCAUCACCACACACGCACAGUAGCUUAGCACAUCACACACUUAAGUUAACUACGUACCAGUACUAAUUAGCACUGUGCCACUGCUAGUAUUAGUCCGUUCUGUUGUCAUCUACUACUCUUGUUUGUGUUUCCACACACUUCACCGGGUCUCUUUCAAGAAGAGAGGCUUCUUGAGGAGCUAGCUUUCAUGGCGAGUUCUUCUUGAUGAUGCUUUCAUGGAUGGAUGGAUGGAUAAUCUCAGGCUAGAGGAUAGAGGUAGGUAGCGUGUGUUUGUGUGACAGAGAAAGUAAUGGAGAGCCAGAGGGUGGUGGUGGUGGUGGAGGACGUGGGCGCCGCCCGCGCGGCGCUGCAGUGGGCCGUGCGCAACUUCAUCCGCGCCGGCGACUGCAUCACGCUGCUGCACGUCUGCCCGCCGGCGAGGUCGCGGCGGAGGCGGCGCAGCCUACGCCUCGGCGGCUUCCAGCUCGCCCUCGCCUUCAGGGAGCUCUGCAACGGCAUCGCGGAGGCGAAGGUGGAGAUAGUGGUUCGGGAGGGGGAGGUCGGGGAGACGGUGGUGGCGACGGUGAACCAGCUCGCCGCCACCACGCUCGUCGUCGGCCUCCACGACAAGAGCUUCCUCUACAGGUCGACGAACCCGUACGAGCGAAUGAGGAGGGUUGGGUGCAGGGUUCUUGGCAUCAGGCAGCACGCCACGGCACGGGACGGUUCCUUCAACGCCGAGCUCACCCAAAUCGAGACCAUCAAUUUGCACGUACCACCGCCUAAAAUCCCCUUCCCAAUGUUCACCCUUCCGCUGGGCGUGCUAUGGAGAAAAAGAUCAAAGGCAAAGAAGAGAAAAUGAAGUCACCAUGCAUCACAAAUUAAUUUGUGAUGAUGCAGGCUGCAGUGCGAGUUAGGAGCUCACUGAUUGGAUCAAUCCGAUGAAUUUGUUUUACCAAAGGAGCAACUGACAGAUUGAGCUGGCUAGCUGUCUGGGUACAUAUACACACGACACAAACACAAAUUUUGACAAUUUAACCCUUUGCAAAAAAUAUUUUUACAAAUGAACAGCUACCAAAACUUAUUUCAAAUCUGACCCUUUUGCUUAACGCCAAAUCGUGUGGCGCUGAAUUUAGACACCUCAGCGCCAAAUAGUAUGGCGCUGAAUGUACGUUGGCACGCUGACUUAGUCUCCCAUCCGCCGUGGCACGGCAUUCAGCGCCAGCUGACGUGGCGCUGAGGUGUCUAAGUUCCGCGCCACAUGAUUUAGCGUUGAGCAAAAAGGUCAGAUUUGAAAUAAGUUUUGGCAGCGGUUCAUUUGUAAAAUUAGUUUUUACAAAGGGUUAAAUUGUCAAAAUUUGUGCGACACAAACACACUCACAAGAAGACAUGAACAUCAAGUGAAGCAGGGAGGGGCACGGUUUCUCACCUGGAUUUGUGCCAUUUGGUUGUACUUGUACAGAGAUGAUCUAUGUUGUUGGAUUGACAGACACCAAGGAACACAUGUAGUAGUAAAUGAUUUUUGUUUUACUUUGUCAAAGUUUUACACUUGUAUUCCUGACCUGUUUCUUGUCUAGCACAGUAGUGUUAAGAAUUCAGUAACCUCAGUUGAUGAGAUUAAAAUGGA